CACGCUGGUUCGAGAGUUGCGUGAGUUUUGUUUCGGAAGAGCAGUUUGGAGAGUGGAGACGCCAAAGAAGUUGCGUGGAAAAGAGCUCAGAGAUUCAAAAGGCGCUAGGGCUUCAAUUCCCGAGUUUCUCAGGAUUUUGUGAGUCCAAACUUCGGCGAUCUUUCAUCAUGACUCUCGCACCACACAGCAGGAAGAAGAUUUGCUAUUAUUAUGACAGCGACAUUGGCAAUUACUACUAUGGCCAGGGUCAUCCCAUGAAGCCCCAUCGGAUACGCAUGACUCACAAUCUCUUGUUGAAUUACGGAUUGUACCGAAAGAUGGAAAUUUAUCGUCCGCAUAAGGCCACUCAAGAAGAGAUGACCAAGUUUCACUCUGACGAGUACAUCCGCUUCCUCCGCUCCAUCCGACCCGACAACAUGAGCGAGUACAACAAACAGAUGCAGCGCUUCAACGUGGGCGAGGACUGUCCCGUCUUUGACGGGCUUUACGAGUUCUGCCAACUCUCCGGGGGCGGGUCCGUGGCCUCGGCCGUAAAAUUGAACAAACAAGCAGCCGAUAUUGCCAUCAACUGGGCCGGUGGACUUCAUCACGCUAAGAAAUCCGAGGCUUCCGGCUUCUGCUAUGUCAACGACAUUGUUCUGGCCAUCCUCGAACUUCUGAAGUACCAUCAACGCGUCCUGUACAUCGACAUUGAUAUCCAUCAUGGCGAUGGCGUGGAAGAAGCCUUCUAUACCACCGACCGAGUUAUGACUGUAUCAUUUCAUAAAUACGGCGAGUACUUUCCCGGAACCGGAGAUCUCAGGGAUAUUGGUGCGGGCAAAGGCAAAUACUACGCCGUCAACUUCCCCUUGCGCGAUGGAAUUGAUGACGAAAGCUACCAAAACAUCUUUGUGCCCAUUAUCUCGAAAGUGAUGGAAAGCUAUCAACCCUCGGCCGUGGUGCUUCAAUGUGGAGCCGAUUCCUUGUCUGGCGAUCGACUGGGAUGCUUUAAUUUAACUCUGAAGGGACACGCCAAGUGUGUCGAGUUCAUGAAGAAGUACAACUUACCGCUGAUGCUCUUGGGGGGUGGCGGCUACACCAUUCGCAAUGUAGCCCGAUGUUGGACAUACGAAACGGCUGUAGCUUUGGGCGUUGACAUUGCCAACGAACUUCCUUACAACGACUACUUCGAGUAUUUUGGUCCCGAUUUCAAGCUGCAUAUUUCGCCCUCAAAUAUGGGUAAUCAGAACACCACCGAGUACAUGGACAAGAUCAAGACGCGAUUAUUCGAGAAUCUUCGCAUGCUGCCUCACGCCCCUUCGGUACAAAUGGCCGAUAUCCCCGCGGAUGGAAUUCCAAUCAAAGAAGACGUAGAUGACGCUGACCCCGACAAGCGACUCCCACAGCAAAUUAAAGACAACAUGGUGGAAGCGGACAAUGAAUUUGAGGAAGCCAAAUCCGGGAACAAGGAUAUCAACAAUGGGAAGCAAGAAGAAGCCAUGGAUGUAGACGAAACCAAGAAAGAAGCCCCCAUAACAACCACAACCGCCGCUAGCUCGUAAAUUUUGUGUCAGUACAUUGUAACCUUCGAGGAAAGAGCCCACAGACAGAAAUGAAGUAUUACAACUCGCUUUUUCCCCGUUCUCCUUCUUCCUGAUUUUAUGCCCUCACGAACCCAACGAGCGGGUUUCUUGUCGUCGUCGUCGUCGUCGCUCUUGCAUUCGUCCCCACAUUAUUCCACUCACGUUCGUGAGGACAUGUCUUAUAUUCCAAUGUGAAAUAUACCGGAGGAAGACGGAA